AUGUUGGCGGGUGUGAUUAUUUUGAUGUUCAUGCUGCUGAGGAUCUGUGCAGCUGAUCUUUGCAACUGGAGCGGGAGGUGAGGAACUUCAGAAUCAGGCUAUUUCAUGCCAAAGUAGAGAUAAUUCAAAUGCACAGAGAUGCGGGCUGAUUGGUCACUUUGAAAUAAUGCUUUAAGUGAUUUUUGUUUGUUUUUCAGUCACAGAGGAUUACCUAUUCUUAAUCUCAACAGGAUCUAAUCUGAAUUUUGAAAAAUAGGAAGCUACAGACUUGCAAAAACUUUGACAAAUUGGACCUUUAAAGCCUCAAAAAUCCAGAGUAGAUUAAAGAAAAUAUUCGAUGCAGAUAAUCAGCCUCUAUACCCGCAGAUUUGUGUUGCUUUUUUGCAGAAAGGCCUAUAUGAAAUAACCCAAUAAAAGCCAAAACUUAGCUUAUCAUAUCUUCUACCUCCUGAUCCUGCUGAUCAAUGAUAUAAAUUAGCUCAUAAAUUGGUAAAUUAAUUUAAACAUAAUGAAACAUCCAGAGGAAUCCUUAAAGAGUGUAUUUGCAUACAUCGGUAACAGGCCCACCUCUGUUUUCUCAGCGGGUUCGCAGCGGACGUGGACUCCAGAAUCGUCCUCCAGGUGCGCCUGCGCUGCACAGAGGGCUCGGUGCGGUGGGUUUACCCGGGUCAGGCUCUCCGGGUGGUCCUGGAGCCCAACUUGUCCUCCGCCCGGCGCACCACCGCCUGCAUCAAACCGUCGCCCUCCUUCCGCGGAGCCAGCGUCUUCAUCGAGCGCUCCGGGGAGCUGGAGCUGCUGGUCCCGGACGCCGGGCGGCCUGAGCGGCAGCAGGUGUUCUGUUUCCGGGCGGACGGUCCUCGCAGGCCCGCUAUCUACCUCCAGUCUAGCCCGGGGGUCGAUGGAGCCUGGAGCAGACGUACUAUAGGCUUCAGAUACGAGCUGCUGGGGAACAGGAGCGCUGCGGACAAUCUGGGCCUGGGUGGGCUUCAGGGUGAGUAGACCGGGUUCCACUGGAGGCCCCUCAGUCAGACAUCUGGUGAACCUGUGACAUGGAUGGAUAUGACAGUUUAUUAGCCACAGAAAUCAGCUGUUUUCAGGAACAUUAUCUUGAAUAAGAAUAAAAGAUGGAGCUCGUUCAGAGUGUGAUGCCAGAAUCUUAAAAAAUGUAAAAAAUCAGCGUUUUUAGACCAUAAUGUGAAUAUUUUUGAUGCAUUUGCAGAGAUUAUCUGUAUCAGUCACUAAGUAAGAACAUGAACUGUAAAGAAAAACACUGAAUGGGACAUUUCUAAGACACAGAUGAUGAAAAAGUAUUUAAUUUACUCUUGGAAUCCCCCAUGGAGCUGUUUUGGGGCCCACCCUUUUUUAGUUUGUGAUUAAGGACUCACUACACACCUUGAAAUAGGCCUUCAGAUUUACAACAAUGACUCAGAUAUACAUGCACAGUUGGAGAUAUACCGAAUAAACUCCCCAGCUCAGCUUGGAGACUCUUGACACAAACAUAGAAAACUAAGAUCAACCGUUUUUACAUUAAAGAGUUUCCUCCAUGUCAGAUUUAAAGGUGAACUUCUUGAGCAGGUCACAGAUGAAGUAUCUAGAGUUCAUUUAAGGUCUUUAGUUAAAUUUUAAAAGCCGUGUUUAAAAGAUUUGCCAGAGGAUUACAACUAAUCUUUGUUGUUUUGAGAUAAGAAACAGCUUCACACUCGAUCCUGCUCUUUUGUUUUUGGGCGCAAACGAACUUGUAACCAGAUCCCUGGAGUACUCUGAUCCUGGGCCUUGAAAAUCUUGGAUAAAGAGCCGAUUGGGUUUUGAUUUUUAUUGAUUUUAAUGAUGCUAUAGUGAAAUUGCAAACAGAAAGACUAGAGAGCUGCAACAGAUCAGCUUCAAGUGAUGACUGUGAAGCUUAAAGGGAUAUUCUAGCGUAAAACUAAUUUAGGGUCUAAUUUGGGAAUAUCCCUUUAAAUCUGAUCAUUUCUCUGCAAAAGACGUAAAAUCCUAAACACUGAGAUUGAAACAAACUAAAAGUUCCUGACUGUAGCUUUAAAAACCUUCAUAAAAGUGCCCUUAUUAAAAACUUGGCAUCAAAAUUUCACAUAUAAUUUAAGAGUCACAUGUUGUGUAAUUGAAAUCAAAAGGAGCGGUCUGUCCUAAUUCCUGAAAAAAUCAGCGGUUGGUUAAUUACUGACAGUGGUCGUGCUGAGUGGAGCAUGCAGCUGCUGGUCAGUCUUGUGUUUUGUCUGGAUGUCUGGUUUCCAUCGGGGGGGACAAAGCAGCGAGAGCAGAGCAGACCUCAGGGUGGCUUGAGGGCACCGGGCCGAGGGGUCUGAAUCAAGUCUGCAAAUACUUCAGAGAUUCCACACAUGCCUUCUCAUUGUGCAUGUCUGUUUAUUAGCAUUUAUCCAUGUGUGCGGGCCUCUCUCUGUCACUCCGGGUCCAUAAUAGACAUCUGCUGGUUCAUCGUUUCGGCAUUGCCAGUUCGGCAGAAGAAUUUGACUCCUGCAGUCCACAGCGUUGGCACGGGGGUCACUCAAUUAGGUGGAUACAAUAGGAGUCAAACACAGAGGUCAAGAUGAGUGAGAGGCCGUUUGAUGUGGUGGGUAGAAGACUUAAAGGAGCGGCAUUCCUCCUUCUCAGUCCUGGUUUCUUCACUCUUGGACGUGAAUGGAGACAGAUUUUAGGUCGGCGGUUUGGGGAGGAGAAGGUGUCAAUCACAGAGCGACUGGAAUUUAGGACCAAUGCAUCAUAAAUGUCUCUGAUAUGUGCGCCAAAAAACUUCUUCUUCUCUUCUUACAGAUUCCUGCCAACCCUGCAAUGAUUCAGAGCUCCUCAUGGCCGUCUGCAGCAGUGACUUCGGUGAGUACAUUGUGCAUGAUCCUGCACUCUUAAAAAAGUUGGGUAAAAAACAACCCAAUUUGGGUAGUUUCCCAACCCAGCACUGGUUAAAUAUUGGACAGAACGUAUGCUGAGUUAAUUUUACUCAACUAAUAGGGUUGGUUCACUUAACCCAACAAUUGGGUUGUUCAUAUAACCCAACUAAGGGUUCACAAUAACUACUAAGCUGGGUACUUUAAACCCAGCAUGUUGGGUUGUUAAUAUUUAGGUCUAUGGCCUCUCCGACCACCACCACACAACACUCACAAUCAUACACCAGUGGAGAACACACACUGGGAGCAAGGCGGGUUAAGUGUCUUACCCAAGGACACAACAGACAGACUUGGGAUAGGGGGAAAUCAAACUGCCAACACUCUUAAAACCCCAAUACCAGGGUUAAAAAGGGACCGACUAUUUAUUGGGUUCUUUUGACCCAGAAUGUUGGGUUAUUCAAAUUAACCCAUAUUUUGGGUUGACUCAAUAACCCUUUUUAAGGGUCAAGUUAACCCAAUGUUUGAGUUAAUUUGACUCAUGAUCUUGGGUUAAAUUGAUAUAUGCAUUUGUGGAGCUAUAUGCUUUUGCAACCUAUACCUUAUUUUUCCAUGUACUUUCAUCUAACCGAUUGUAGGCCAUAGCGCUAAGGGUCUUGCCUAAGGACCCACACUGGUAGAUGACGUCCGCUCCUUACAGAUGUGUCUCAUGUGGGAUUUAAACCCCAACCUCCUAGUUUGGACCCAGACGCUCUACCCGCUGAGCUACCCCAGUCACCCAACAUUUAUUAGGUUACUCUCAAAAAAAUAACCCAUAAUUAUUAAUCCAUUCAAAAAACCCUCAAAUUGGGUUACAAUAGAAUCCAUAUAACUCAAGAAAUGGCUAUUGAUCUGAAAAAUUACCCAGAAAUUCAACUCAACACGUAUAACCCAGGAAUUGGGUUGAAGAAAUAACCAAGAGUUUUUAAAGUGAACCUUCCGGUUAUUGGACGACCGCUCUAACUCCUGAGUUACUGCCGCCCCUUAACAAAAGUCAUCCAUCGUUGGUUCAUAUCAACCUGAGACAUCAAGACAGAGAGUCCAUUAAAGCAGUAGUUCAACAUUUCUGACCACACCACACAACAGCUAACCCACUGUGUUGGGUAGUCCACAACAAACCAACAAAACUAACAGCUAAUAACUCUGUUCCCAACAUAAAUAACCUUGCAAACUGGGUACUCAGAAUACCCAACUCCAUGAAAAUAAUGCAAAUAAAUUGACCAACAGGCUCAACCUGGUAGUUGGGUUGAAAAAACAACCCAUCAUUUUUCUGUGUGUGCUCUCCAUGAUCAUCAUGAGUUUUCUCUCCAUGAGUUAAAGUUCCUUGUUUGUUUUUUUUUAGUGCUUCGAGGCUCCAUCAAGAGCGUCACCCACGACUCUGAGCGUCAGACAUCCCUGGUGGAGGUCUCGGCGGCGCGGGUGUACCGGCAGCGUAGUGGAGUGUUUGAGCAAGAACUGCCUGACUCUGGAUCAUCCGCAUCAGUCCCGACAUGGCGUGGACACAUCCACACACGCCUGCAGUGCCACGUAAAGCCCGGGGACGGGGAGUUCCUCUUCACAGGGUCAGAACACUUUGGGGAAGCUUGGUUAGGGUGUGCCCCACGAUUCAAAGACUUCCUGUCCGUGUAUCAGACCGCCUGGGCAGCGCGUCAGAAUUCUUGUGACUUCCCUUUGAACUGA